CUCGUUACUCCGUAAAAGCCUUCUCCCAGUUAGAACACCGUACUCAUUCUCAUCAUUAUCGCCGUUCGUCAUGUCAACACUUGUCCGGGAACAAGCGUCAAAAGCUACCCUUCCCUCCCGCUCUAGAAGCACGUCGUCAGACAAUGAGCAGCAUGUUACCAAACUUCGAAGAGUCAACUCGGAGCAGCCGAGAGAUCUUGUCUGCCAAAGGUGCUGGGACGAGAUCUUCACAUCCGACGACUUUGCCAAGGCAUGUUGGAGCGGCAAAGGUAGCGACGGGGAAAGUUUCGAGUACGUAUAUUGCAUCCUGCUCAGCGAACUCCAAGAAUCUGAAGCAGUUUGCAAUUGGUGCAGACUGAUUCUUGCCCGUUUUCCUGCUUCGCUUGAAAAGUCAGAAGAUGACGUUGAGCUAUCAAGCCUAUCACCGUUAAAUGAGGUGCAAAUUAGGUUCUUGAGGUUGAGGUCGGACACUGAAGACUCUGAAGACCCUGAAGACCCUGAAGACCCUGAAGACCCUGAAGACCCUGAAGAUGAAUCGCUUUCCUUCGCCUUGCUUGUGCAUAAAGACUCUUGUUCUAUGCAUGCUUGGGCUCAUCCAGAGGACAUUGCUUUCAAUUUCGCUAGAGCCCGCCCGUAUGAGCACGAGGUUAACACCGAGGAGAUGGCGAUGUCAACUAUCCGAGGCUCGUUCUUACUAGAGGGAGAACAGGAUGCUACGCAGCGCUUUCUUACUGCUGGGGCUAGAAUCCGAGCGCAAUUAGGACUCAAGUACCUCUGGAUCGAUGCGCUGUGCAUUAUUCAAGACUCCGAGGACGACAAAGCCCACGAGUUGGCCAACAUGCGAAGAAUAUACCAGCAGGCUCAUAUCACCAUUGUCGCCGCAAGCGCGAGUGGCGCUAAGGAUGGUUUCCUGGAAGACCGAUCCGCACCAGAAUCUUUCUCCGUCCCUUUCCCAUGCCCAAACCACCAGAUGGGCACUAUAUCUCUGGCUCUACAUGGUAGAUAUCCCCUGAGCGAGCCCAUACAUGACCGAGGAAGGACUUUCCAAGUAUGGAUUUUAUCACCUCGACGCCUUGUUUACGGAAGUCACGAGCUUGUAUACGACUGCCGUACAUCUGUGCUCGGUCGGAAAAAUAUGCAGCAUCAUGGUCGCAGAAACUUCCUGAAUGAGUAUCUCAUUCCUCCGGAAGAAACUGUACCGCUUACUUCUGAUCGCAUUCAAGAAGUCUUGAAUGAUUGGUUCGAAGUCUUGGAGGGCUUUACUACACGACAAGUGACAAGUGUCUCAUUCGGAUGA